GGAGCAAGGCCGGCCUCGCAGGGGGGCGAGAUCUCCACCCCCGCAAGGAAGCCGCUUCCUUAAGACGGAGCAAGGGAUCGCCCCGGGGAUGCUGAGCUGGAGACCCCCGACCGGUCCCUCCGGAGUGGGUGCAUGGAUCCUGGAUCCCACCGUGCCGGAGAAGGGGGAGCGCUGAACGCCCAGGGAGGAAGGGUUUGCUAGUGGCCUCAACGUGUCUGAUCUUCUUUGAGGACUUCCAAGAAGCCAACAUGGAUAAAAUCCUGGAAGCGAUCUUGGCCUCUUCCUACCCCGAUCACAUGAAGCAAGGCCUGGUGAGGCGUAUCAUCGAGGCUCUGAAGAGGACCAUGGACACCGAACAGUGUUGGUCCAUGCUGGAGCUUUCCACCAAGCUCUUUCUCUUGGGUGAUACCAAAUUCAAGAGGUCAGUUGGUAAGGAGAUCCUGGAAGUCUGUGGCCUUUAUCACCAAGAGGCCUUUGAAGAAUUCUUCAAUGCCCAGUUCCUCUUAAGUCUUCUCCAGGAAGGCUAUGGACCCCUCGGGAAGAGAAGCUUGUACGUGUUUGAUUACAUACACCUUGGGUUGCCCUUCGUGAUGGAUGGUCCUUCGGCCAACGACGUCUUCAGCCUGCUGAGGACUGAAGUCCUCCGGAAGAUCUGCGAGAGGCCAGUCCUGAAGCAAUGUGUGAAGAUCAGUAAGCUCUUAAUCCAGUACCCUCUGUGUGUCCCCACCGGCAAACGUCAGAUCCUGUUCUGCCAACAACUGGUCCGAUGCAUCGGGCAGUUCCAUACCACCUCGGGAAGGGAAGACGCCAUCAUGGAGUUCUUGGACCAGGUGAUCCAAGUCAGCCUUUUGCUGCAGAAAAUCUGGAAGACUCAGAUGACCUCCAUCCUUCCCUCGCUGAAGGAACUCUUCACCAUCAUUUCAACAAUCGACGAUCAGGAUCCUUCUAUUGCCUUAGCCAGCGUGGUCCAAUACGUUCCGCUAGAGCUGAUGGACGGCAUCCUAAGAAACCUCACCAACGAUGACAGCAUCACUGACCUCCAGAUGAUGACCGCGAUUGGAAGGAUGAUUGAAUGGGUCUCCUGGCCCCUGGGCAAGAACUUAGACAAAUGGAUCAUAGCCUUGCUGAAGAAUUUGGCGGCGGUGAAGAAAUUCAGCAUCUUGAUGGAAGUCACGCUGUCCAAAAUCGAGCGGGUGUUUUCCAAGCUACUAUACCCUAUUCUGAGAGAAGGGACUCUCUCUAUUCUGCGUUACAUGUUGCUGAGUUUCCAGCACUCUCACGAAGCAUUUCACCUGCUUCUGCCACAUAUUCCCAGAGUGAUCGGUGCCCUCCAAAAGGAAAACUCCAAUUCGGCAUCGCGAUGUUUGGAUCAGCUGGCCGAACUGAUCCAUUGCAUGCUCUUCUGUUUCUCAGGAUUUCCAGAUCUCUACGAGCCUCUGGUGGAAGCGAUAAAAGCUCUCCCAAUUCCUAACGAAGAUCGCAUUAAGCAUCUGCUGGGGCAGAACGCAUGGACCUCCCAGAAAAACGAGUUGGCCAACCUCUAUCCUCGCUUGGCCUCCAAAUCGGAAACCGGGAAGAUUGGGUUAAUUAACCUGGGGAACACCUGCUACAUGAACAGCAUCCUCCAAGCUCUCUUCAUGGCCUCAGAUUUCAGGCGGACGGUGUUGAAUUUAGCCGAGAACAACUCGCAGCCGCUGAUGGCAAAAUUACAAUGGCUCUUUGCUUUUUUAGAGCACAGCCAGCGGCCUGCGAUUUCUCCUGAAAACUUCUUUUUGGCUUCGUGGCCCCCCUGGUUCACCCGAGGAGCCCAGCAAGAUUGCUCGGAAUAUCUGAAAUACCUGCUCGAUCGUCUUCAUGAGGAAGAGCGAACAGGUAGAAGGAUCUGUCAGAAGCUCAAGGCAUGUUCCUUGGUGUCUCCUGUGGACAGAUGUCCCUCCGCCAGCAAAACCUUGGUGGAAGAAAUGUUUGGGGGCAAAAUUAAGACCAAGAUCCGUUGUCUGAAGUGCCUACAGGUCUCCUCCAGAGAAGAAGCCUUCACUGAUCUCUCCUUGGCGUUUCCCCCAGCUGAUGGCCACCAGGCUGGAUUUAUCAGCGGUGCAUUGAUUGGAUCUGGAGAAGAAACAGGUCCUGAGAUCUCUCGGUCAAAGAUCCAGACUCAAAGCAAGCUAAAGGAUUUGCCAACUAGGUCAGGGAUCUUGAGGGCCCUGAGGAGAAUCCUUCUAAAAGCCCACCUAUGGAAGCCAUUGGGUCAAAAUUUGGAGACCUCUCUCCCCUUGACAUCUGAACGAGACGUUGUUGAAGUGAAGCCCGUCAAAAAAUCUGACCUGGCUUUACACAAGCAAGUUUCUGGUUGUCGGGCCUCUAGAUCUGUUCCGGAUUUGAUAAAUUAUUUCUUAUCACCUGAGAUGCUGACUGCCGAGAACAGGUACCACUGUGAGAACUGUGCCUCCCUUCAAGAUGCUGAGAAGUUGACCGAGCUGACGGAGGGACCUCACUACCUCAUCCUCACCCUGUUGAGGUUCUCCUUCGACCUCGGAACGAUGAGAAGAAAGAAGAUCCUUGACAACGUCUCGGUCCCAUUGAUACUGAAGCUGCCGGUCCUGGUGUCUUCUUCUGACCAAGCGAGGACGUCAGGAUGGACUUCGUCCUGCAAGGACUUCUCUUCGAUAGUGUACGAUCUCUGUAGCGUGGUGGUCCAUUCUGGGGUCUCCUCAGAAAGCGGCCAUUACUACUGCUAUGCCAGGGAAUGUGAGGAUCCGGCCACUGAGAGCCUUUGUAAGGACAACACUUGGAACAUGGCUUCAACGAAGCCUACGGAUGUCGAGAUCCAGUGGUACAUCUUUAACGACACCAGGGUUUUCUUCUCAUCCUUUGAAUCUGUGAGCAACGUGACCUCAUUCCUGCCGAAGGACACGGCUUACCUUCUGUUCUACAGACAAAGAGCGAGGCAGGCCACAAAUGGAGCUGGUCCAGAACCCAGCUGGACAAAUGGAAGCUUACAUUCUCCGGAUAAAAACUUGAUGGACGCCAUCUCGAAAGAUAACAUCUUAUUCUUGCAGGAACAAGAAAAGCAAGCCAGAAGUAGAAAGGUUUACAUUUCAGCUUUGCCGAAAUCUUCCGUUUGGUGGAAAGAUCUUGACAGAGAUGACCACGAGGAUGACGAAGGUGCCUCAGGGGGUUGCAGCCAUGACCCUGGUGGAGGUGGAUCGGGGUCCUUCCAUGGACUGGUCUUUUAGCCCUUGUGCCCAAAGCAGAUGGUUAAUCCUUCAACCAUCAAAUAUGGGAUUCCUUCACCUUGACCUUGUGGCCUUGGAAGUCUAACCAGGAUUGGAGGGAGAGAACGAUCAUAGUUUAUUCUUCCUCCGAACUAUGGAAAACGAUGUUCUCUGGAGCAACCAUGACCAGGGUGACCUCAACCUGUCAUAAAAGUGCACUUCCUGGAAGUAGGAGAAAGAAGGUGCCACGGCUUCAACUUUUGAGGCCCUACCAAGUCGCCAUCUUGAUGAAGUGUCCUCACUGAAGGGUGGGCCAAUGUUUAUUGUGACCUCCUUAAUGCAGGGUUGGGCAAUUAAUUUUCUCAAGGGGCCACAUGACAAACUGGGACUUCAUGGAGGGCUGAACCCAUAGGGCUGUUGAAGAUGUGUAGGCAUGUACGCACAGACGUACGGACGUUAAUGCUAUUCUCCAAAACCCCUGAAGGCAGGACAAGAAGCAAUGGAUGGGAACUAAUCAAGGAGAGAAGCAACCUAGAACUGAGGAGAAAUUUCCUGACAAGUAGAACAAUUAAUCCGUGGAAGAACUUGCCUCCAGAAGUUGUGCUCCUUCAGAAGUUCUGCUCCAUCCCUGGAGGUUUUGACUGGACAACCAUAUGUCUGGAAUGGCAUACGGUCUCCUACUUCAGCAGGGGGUAGGACUAGAAGACCUCCAAGGUCCCUUCCAACUCUGUUAUUCUCUUGAAGUCCACCCAUCUUAAAAGUUGCUGAAGUCGAUAAACACCGCAACGAGCCAUAAAUUGUGCUUUACGAGACCUACUUAGAUUCCAUAUGGGCGAAGUGAAAAACCAGAUAAACUCUAGUUCUUCGCAAAAGGGAAGAUAGGCUGAGAAACUGUGAUAUGUUCUAUCUGCAUAUUUGUCUAUAGGUUCACACAUCAUCCUAAACCAGGAUAUUUUAAAAGCA